AUGUGUGUCGACGCACGCACAGGCGGGCAGUACGACUUGGGAAUAUUCACGGCGGAGAAGAGCUUGUACUACGUCACGCAGGUUGACGCGAAGGACCUGACGGACGCCGGCGCGAAAGAACGAGUGGCCGAAGUCAAAUUAGAAGCCCCGCUGCAGCUGGCGAAGGCGCAAACUCUGAAGGCAGAACACGACCGCGCGAUCGAACAACGCGGCGAACUACUCACGGCCGCCAUCUCCCACUGCACGGCCGCGCUGCAGAUCGACCCCUCAAGCGUGGAGGCGUAUCUGCUGCGUGGACGAGCGUACCUGGCCAAAGGCGAACUUGAUAAUGCUGAGACAUACCAGCCAGCGAAGCAGCUGGUGGAGCUGAGCUAUAUGCUACAGCGGCACGCAGUAAGGCCUGGGGCAGGAACAGAAGCACCUCAAUCAGCAAGUCCAGCCGCAGCACCACCUCAACAAGCGACAGUAGCGGCAAGUCAUUAUUGUUCAGCAGCAGAUGAGCUGCAGCAGCAGUCGCUUAAGCGGCAAAAAGACUGGGUGGAAGCACUGCUGCCGCUGCAUCAGAGUUGCAGGCUCUGCGCCCAGCGCAGAGGGGGAUCGUUGCAACAACAGCAGCAGCACAAAGAGCAGCAGCCAACACGUCAAGCAUCCGCAGCAGCGGCAGCACGCAGCUGCAGCGCAAAGCUACAAAGUAACCAGGGUGACGGGGUGCGUGUAGGUAUUUGGUGA